AUGUUCCAGUCUCAUACAGUUCAGAAGGAAGAAUCAGAUGAGUGGUUUUCAUCUCUACAAUACCUGAAUGCUAGUAUAAACGAUUUAUCUAUUUCUGAAUCAUUCUUAGAUCCUGGAAGUGAAUUUGGAGCGAUGAAUAAUGCAGCAAUUAAUGCCCUUGGAUGGAAAGCUGACAAGCCAUCUGACUUUGAUAUAAAAGGUAACUCUAAACAUAUCACCGAAUCAUUGGGAUGGUUUACGGAUGUGCCAGUCAGUAUAAAGGAUAAGGAUGGUAAAACU